AUGGCUGAGACGUUGGACAUUGACUUGAUACAGGUGUGCAUCGAGUCCCCGGAUGGCCCGAAAAUCAGGAGGCAUCACAUAAUUUUGUUGUACGAGCUGGGGGCUGGGCGGUGGGUCGUGAGCACGCUGGACUUAAGGAUCGAGGCCGCCGAUCUCGCGAACCAGCGCGUGGUGCCCCUGAACCGUUCGGCACGGUGGCCAGAGCGCGUUCGGGGCAGCGUGUGCGGAUUCGACCCACUGUCUGAGGGGCAGAAAGAGGACACCCACCUCCGGGGGCUGCAGCUCGCAGAGGCGCUUGGGCACAAGGUGACUCCGAGCGCCGCGGCGGGAGCGGCCAGGCGGUGGCGAGUGUCAGACCCGGGCCGCAGCAGGUUCAACACCGAGCUCGAGGAUUCGGACAUGCUGCCGGGGAACCGAGCGGUGGUCCGAGGCGACUGCGGCAUGUAUCUCAUCGACGAGGACGAGGAGGAUUGGAAGACUGACUUGAAGGCCGUGCUGCAGAACUUCCUGGCCAGCCACCCGGAGGAGGCCAAGGAGGAGGGGGCCAAGGAGGCCCAGCCUCAAGUAGGCACGAAACACCGACGCCUGACGCUCGGAGGCACCUUCGCUGGGAUGGCAGCCCCGGCAGCCGGAACCCCGAUGGACGAGGAAGAGCCCACGGAAGAUAUAGUGAUGUUGGGUCGGCUGCAAACCUCCAUGACGAACAUCCAGAAACUGGCACAGAAGUUGGAUGCCCCGCUCAGCAACAACGCUGCGGUGUGGAAGGGCCGGGCCGCGAGCAUGAAGGCGUUCUACGAGGGCAUGGACAAGGUUGUCCGCGCGUGCGCGCGCGACGCCGGAACCAGCGACCUACUGAGCAAGGCGUGCUCGGCCGGCCCCCUCAUCACCUUCGAGGUGAAGUACUACAAUAAGAUGAAGGAGGCCUUGGAAAAGAUCAAAGCGAAGAUUGGCACCGAGGGCAUGACGGACAAGGUGUCGGCCUUCAUGGCGGGCGGCCCGCUCCGGAAGGCGAUCGAGAGCACGCCGGAGGGCAUCUAUGCGACGCUGCUCGAGAUGGGAGCAGAGAAGGAGUACCUGCGAACGUGGUGGCCGAUGUCGGUCGCCGCGCCGGGCCGGUCGAUGCACUACAAGGACGAGGUACUCCUGUCGGCCGAGCACGACUUCACGGAGCUGAUCACCACGAUUGCGGUGGACAAGGACGUCUUGAAGACGAUCCGGCGCAACGUGGACGAGGGCGCCGACAUGAUCUUGGAGAAAGCCAAGGGCACGGGCAUCAUGGACAUAGAGAUGGUAGUUGUGAAGAAACCGAAGCCCUUCGGCAAGGCGCCCGAGCGCCACGGCUAG